UGGACGCAGACGAAGACGGCUUCACCGACGCUUGCUUAUGUUAGCCCAUCAAACAAAGGGGGCGGCGGUGUCACGCGGCUCACCUUCUUACAGUAGCUUUAACAUGGAGCGAUGGCUCAUUAUUGCAAUCGGCGUCCUUGAGAAUGACCCCGGGCCCUUCCCCAAGCAGCUGGUGCAGGUCAACGGCCACGCGGUGGAUAAGAACGGCCACGCGGUGGAUAAUGACGUGCAUCUCCUAAUCAACGUGCAGGACCUUAACGACAACAGGCCGCACUUCGAGAUGCCCGUUAUCCAGGGCUCCGUGGAUGAGGGCUCCCUACCAGGUGCAGACGGACGCGGCGGUGACGGGGGUGUGAUGGUGAUAGCACCUGCCUGGGUAUUUUGUAACAACAGACACUCCACCUCCACAACUCUCAAUUGGUGCCAUUUCCUGUACACCUAG